AUGGUGGAUAAAAAUGUUAUGACUAUUAAUAACCCUAUUAGAAAGUUACGUUACAAGCUCGAGAUUUUUACUGAUUCGUCUUUAACAGGUUGGGGAGCAGUCUGCAAUGGUGUGACAGCACAUGGUUGGUGGAAUUUAGAGCAGCAAAAAUUGCAUAAUCAUUCGUUAGAAUUGCUAGCUGCUUUCUAUGGGCUCAAAUGUUUUGUAAAAGAUUUGAGUUCAUGCGAAGUGCUAUUGAGAAUAGACAACACAACUGCCAUUGCUUAUAUUAAUAGAAUGGGUAGCAUUCAGUACCCUAAGCUUACAAAAUUAUGUAAGGAGAUUUGGCAGUGGUGUGAAGAGCGACAAUUAUGGAUUUUUGCUUACUACAUCAAAUCAUGUGAUAACUCCAUUGCAGACAAAGAGUCCCGAGUACUGCCAAAUGAAACAGAAUGGGAAAAAUCCUUCGAGGGAUUCAGAGAAAUUCAAAAAGCUUUCGGUUUUUUCCAAAUUGAUUUGUUUGCUUCAAAUAAUAAUAAAAAAUGUGUGAGGUUUGUAUCCUGGAAGCAAGAUCCAGAAGCGUUUGCUAUAGAUGCAUUUACCUUGAACUGGGCUUCUUAUAAAUUUUAUGCCUUUCCUCCGUUUUCUCUCAUUUUAAAAUCUUUGCGCAAAAUAAUAGCAGACAAGGCUCAUUGGGUUCUAGUGGUUCCUUUCUGGCCUACUCAGCCUUGGUUCCCACUGUUCAAAUCACUUUUAGUGGAUGAUUUGAUUUAUUUAGGUCCUGAUAAUGAAUUGCUGUUAUGCCCUUUUAGGAAAAAUCACCCGUUGGCGAAGAAUCUUAUCCUGGCUGUAGGGAAAUUAUCAGGAGGUCGUAUAUAG